AUGGGCGAUGCACCUGCCCUGAAAGUUGCGGAGAACCUGAAAGAUGAUCAGGGAAAGGGAGUUGUGCUGGCCAAACCUGAGCGUAACAGCGCUAGCAGCAACGACAACGCCUGUGUGCGCUGUAACAAGACUUUCUUCUUUCUACUCAACAGAAAGAUCCGAUGUGCCGACUGUAACAACUACGUCUGUAAGGACUGCUCAGCUCUGGACAGCAAGGACAAUGUGUGGGUCUGCACCUUCUGUCAGAGAGUCAGAGAGCUGAAGACCCAGUCUGCGGAGUGGUUCUACUCCAACAUCAAGCAGAGGUUCAAAAGGUUCGGCAGCGCCAAGGUGGUCAGGUCACUCUACAAGCGCAAGGGGGAGAGAUCUGGAACAUCCGACAGUGACCAUGACUCGACCUACACGGCUCCCGGCAGGAUCGGCCCGCGACCCCGGCCGACCUCCCCGACCUCGGACGCGGGGUGUCAGACGGACCCGGAGUUCGCUUUCUCCGACACAGAGGUGCAGACAGACGGACUGGACAAGUUCGCUUACAACAGAAGAGACCCCUCCUCUGUGGAAAACUUCAAGAGCCAGAUUGAGACCAUCGUCACGGCGAUGGCACAGCCCAUUGUGUCAGCAGCCCUUGCAGCCGAGCGUCAGCAGCAAUCCCAGAUGCCCCAGAACGGCUCCAGCACCUCGUCGCCGGGCGUCGCCAGCAGCCUGGGCAUGGCGCUCAGGGUUGCCGAGGACGUGGUGGACUCUGCCAUUGAGAAGGCGGGGAAGAUAGCACGGCCCGUUCCUACAAGGACAACCACGAAUGGUGAUGGUGACAGUGGUGUGGAGGGUUCGGAGUGGGAUAGCAUGGAGGAGCAGGUGAUGGAGGAGUUGCUAAGCGACGUGAAGACCCAGUGUCUGCGUAAACUGGCCGGUGCAAUAGUGGAGGAGAUGGGGAUCCAGACGGAGAGGGACGGGCCUUUCCUGGCUCCGGUCCAGGAGGAGCAUGAGGAGGAGGCGGAGACGGACGGGUCGGGUUUCCGCCCGCUGUCGGACAGGCUGCGCCGGAAACGGGAGGAAAGCGUGAGGACCGUGGAGCUGGAUAACGAACCAGCGCUGCUGUAUGAAGGUGAGAGAGGUUAA